AUGAGCACCGCUUGCCUCCACAGAAGGCUGCUGGCGGGCUUCGCAGCCAGGGGCCCCCGCAUGCUGCAGGGGCCCCAGGGGCCCCUCCAGCCUACGGGGCCAUGGAAGUUGCUGCAGCAGCAGCAGCGGCCGCUGCUGCUGCUGCUGCAGCAGCAGCAGCACGGCCAGACGCAGCUGCAACAGCACCAAAGGAAGCAGCAGCAGCAGCAGCAAGGGGCCUCCUUUUGUCUGCAAAGCCUCCUGAGCUCGAAGCGAUUUUUCAACUCUUCAACUGGGGGCCACCUGGUGGUGGACUGCCCCGGCAUGGGGGACUCCAUAACAGAGGGGACUUUGCAAGAGUGGAAAUACAGUGUGGGGUCUUACGUGGCGGAGGGGGCGCUGCUGGCGGUGGUGGAGACAGACAAAGUUGCUGUUGAAAUAAAUGCUGCUGCUGCUGGCCGUCUUGCUGCAGUGCAUGCGCAGCAAGGAGAAACUGUCUUUGUGGGGAAGCCUCUUUACGAACUCGACACCACAGCAGAACCGCCUGCUGGUGCUGCAGCAGACACAGAGAAGCAGCCACCCCCAGAAGCUGCUGCUGCUCCCGCUGCUGCUGCUGCUCCUGCUGCUGCUUCUGCCCCUGCUGCUCCUGCUGCUGCCGCCCCUGCUGCAGCGCCUACUGCAGCAGCGGCCGAUGAGCCGCGCGCCCCAAGCACGCCCCCCCCUGCGGCAGACACUGCUGCUGCUGCUGCCUCUGCUGCUGCUGCUGCUGCUGCUGCUGGGGGCCUCGGUCUAGACCGCGUAGAGAGACGAGUGCCUCUGUCGCGGCUGCGGCAGCGAGUUGCUGCUCGCCUUAAAGACGCCCAAAACACUGCAGCAAUGCUCACCACCUUCAAUGAGUUGCUUACGCUGCUGCUGCUUUUGUUGCUGCUGGUGCUGUUGCUGCUGUUUCUGUUUUUGCUGCUGCCGCUGCCUCUGGCUGGUAGUGCCACUGCAGUUGCUGCUGCUCUCUCUUCUGCGGCUGCUGAUGUUUCUGCUGCUACUGCUCUUUCUGCUGCUGCUGCUGCUGUUGUUUACGCUCCUGUUGCUGCAUACAUGGCUGUUUCCGUUUCCAUUUCUGCUGCUACUACCUGUGCUGCUGCUGCUGCUGCUGCUGCUGCACAGUGCGACAUGGGGGCCCUGAUGGCGCUGCGUAAUGAAUUGAAUGAAGAUUUCCAGAAGGUCCACGGAGUGAAAAUGGGUUUCGUUUCCGCCUUCAUGCUCGCCUCGGCUCUCUCGCUCAAGAAGUUCCCAGCCAUCAACGCAAGCGUCGAAGGCGCAGAGGCUGUCUACCGCGACUUCGUCGACAUCAGCGUCGCCGUCGCCGCGCCCACCGGCCUUCUCGUCCCCGUAGUUCGCGACUGCCACAAGAAGACCUGGAGCCAGCUCGAGCAGGAGCUGGUGCAGCUAGCUGCGAAGGCCCGCAGCAACCAAAUUGCCCUUGAGGACAUGGCGGGAGGGACUUUCACGAUUUCUAACGGCGGCGUGUACGGCAGCAUGAUGGGGACGCCGAUACUAAACCCUCCGCAGUCGGCCAUUCUGGGCAUGCACGCUGUGAACCAGCGCCCUGUUGUCCGCGACAACCAAAUUGUCAUUCGUCCCAUCAUGUACUUGGCCUUGACUUACGACCACCGCCUCAUUGACGGCCGCGAAGCUGUUCUUUUCCUCUGCAGCGGGUUCGGGGGGCCCUUCAGGCGCCCUUGGGGAGACACUGCGGGCCCCUGGAGGCCUCUGGGGGACCCCUGUGUCAUAGUGCGCUGA